AAUUUUUAUAAAAUUGAAAAACACCUCUCAACAAGAUCCCGCAGCAGCAGCAACAACAACAGCAAAUCCUACAACUGAUCUAACCGUCUUAGACUGUUUAUACUUACAGAUUAAUAUUCCAUCAGCCCUCGACUGUCUAUUCUCUACACAAAUAUGUCAUGCUUACAAUAGGCUGUUUCACUUUCUCUUCUCUAUUCGUCGAACACAAUUAAAGCUACAGCAGUAUUGGGCUGAUCAAAUUCUUCUAUGGCGUCGUGCUAGAUCUUCAGCGUAUUAUAAGACGAAGAAGAGGCCAGGCAGGAAUGCUGAUGAUGAUAAUAAUAUAACAAUGUCAAAUAGUAAUUUUGUUCAUUUACAAUUGAGAAUAGGUCGGCGUUUAUUAGUUCGUAAUCAUAUGGCAUUUAUUAUUGAAAAUUUAUUGUACUACUUACAA